AGGCCAAAUGGAUCCUAAUCAUUUUCAUUAUCAAAAAGCUUUUUUCAAUUACAUGCAAAUUUAUCAAAAUCCUAAUCCUUAAAAUUCUCAAAUUCCACCGGUGCAAACAAACCCCACCAUAUUUCUUCCGUCACCAAACAAUCCAAAUAUGUAUCCUAUACCUCAAAUGAAUUCUAAUAGUCUCUACUCAAGUUCCACCAUUUUCUACUCAAGUCCUAGCAUUUUCUACUCAAGUUGGUACUGAAAAAGAAGAAAGGAUUGUCGUUAAAAAAAGAUCUCGAGAGCAAUUUACAAGGGAAGGGGAUAUACUACUUAUCCAAUCAUGGCUCAAUAUUUCAAAUGAUUCAAUUGUGGGAGUUGAUCAAAAGGCUGAGAGUUUUUGGUUAAUAAUUGUUGCUAGUUAUAACCAAUAUCGUGGGCAAUUGCGGGAAAAGUUAGGGGGACAGUUAAAAUGUCAAUGACAUAGAAUAAAUGGCAUGGUUCAAAAAUUUGUUGGGUGUUACAAAAUUGCUCUUAAAGGAAAGAAAAAUGGGACAUCCGAGACCGAUGUCAUGGCAGAUGCACAUGCUAUUUUUGCUCAGGAUCAAGGUACAACAUUCAAUCUUGAGUAUGCAUGGCGAUUGUUAAAAGAUGAAGCUAAAUGGCGCAUCGUCGAAGAAUCGAUUGGAAGUUCUGCAAAAAUAACAAAGACUUAUGCUAGUGGGGCAUCAUCGGAGAACCCAAAUACAACUUCAAGUUAUGAGUUUAACUCAUCAUCACCAAUGGAGCGUCCAAUGGGACAAAAAAUAGCAAAAAGGAAGGGUAAGGCAUCAGAAAUUCCAAAUGCAACGCAAGAUGCAAAGAAUAAAAAAGCAAUAACAAUGGACAGACUUGCGCAAGCUAAGGAGGACGAGCUAGAAUUAAGGGUAGUGCAAAUGAUGAUGAAAGACACUUCUACUAUGAACGAUAGUCAACGAGAUAUUCAUGAAAAAUAUUGUAAUAAGAUGAAAAAAAAUAUGGAAUGUAGUUAG